AUGGCUCCGAAGAUCUCGGCCCAGGAUCGCGCGAAGAAAUUGCAGGAGAAGGGUAUUGCUUUGGAGAGGAAGGCCGAGUACAUGCUUGUAUUUGCCAAGUUGAAGGAUCAUUACGAGCUUGUCGUUGAGAUGAAAAAGAGGAUGAUUAACUUGGGCAUUCUGACCGCCUCUGGCGAGGAUAAUCCUGAUUAUCGCCCCCCGAAGGCCUUAGGCGUCAAGGAGGAACUUGAUGACAAUGCGGGCACCCCCGUCAAGACGGAGGGCGGCGCUGGCAGCAAAGAGGACGAUGCCGAAGAGAUCGGCAAUGUAGUUUUGCACCGGAACUUCGGCACAUGGGGGUCAAUCCCACCUAAGUAUAUGAAGUGGUUGCUGUCGCGCGCCGAGCCUGUUUCUCUCAGUCCAUUUUCCCUCAAGGCGUUAACGAAACAAGGGGCCAGGGAACCACAGAGAGACCUCAUGUUGGAGAUCCUCGAAGCGAUAUCUGGUUUCACUCGGAGCGACAACAUCGGCGAGAACAAGCUGCAUCUCAUCUCUGAGCGGGUCAACCAGGAGAAUCAGCAGCGCGGCAGGAUCUUGAUGAAUGUCGCUCCGCCUUUCGAUUGGGAGUCUCUUGGGUUCUUUUCAGCCGCACUUGUGAAGGAUCAGAUUUACGAGUUGCUGGAAAAGUAUGCGAAUGUGAAGGUCCAGAUCGCCCUUGACAUCAAAGACGGCUCACCCGUGACCGUCGACAUGAACUUCAGCAGGGCGAGGGCUGUAUUGGUGUAUACGAAGCCUUCCGGCAAGGUUGAGCGGAUGAACUGCAUGCAGAUCUUCGUCGACGCAGGCGAGGGCCAGUCGCUGGGGAAUUCGGGCGCCACGAUCAAUCGCCAGGCUUCGCCGUCGCAGGCGCGCUCGCCGAUGACAGCGGCAUGCGCACAGGCGACGCCACCCUUAUCACCGCACGUUCCUGCGCCGGCCCCUUGCGGCAGGCCGACUGCCAGGAGGGCGGCGCCGUUGGGCGUUGCGGCCUCGUCGCCCCCCCCAGCGAAGAUUGCGAGGCUUGGGCUGGCAUCGCCAUCGAUCGAGCCUGCCGCGGCCGCCUGCGAUGCGAAGUCGGGGAAGCAGGGCGGCGAGGAGAAGGCAGAGGUGGAGAUCGCUGCCCUUCCCGAGCAGGUGGCCGAGGUUGCAUCGCCACUAGCUGGCGCCUUUGCCGCCCCAGUGCUUCCACCUGACGGCGUGGACAGAGCCGAGGACGAGAGCGACGGUGGUGCCCGUCCCGCCGAGCUCUCCGCAAAGGAUUCGGCCGCCCUGGGGGCCUUCGACGAGGCAUCUUUCGUGCCGCCCAAGGUGGGCGUGAAGGGUCACGCAAACGUCUCGUCCGACAUAUCCUGGGCAUGGCUUUCGCCGACGCUCGCGAUCGCGAGGUGGAAACAGGCCAAGCCGAGCAAGGUUUUUCAGGCUUUGAGGUUGGAUGUUGCGCAGUUGGCCGACGCGCUGCAGAUGCCUGUAGCACGUCACACGUUCCUGUCCCUGAGAGCAGAAGCGGAGAGGGUGAAGAAGGGAGCACGGUGGCGGUUCCGCGGCGAGUAUUCUGUCACGACGGAGGCCUUGCUAAUGUGGUUGCUAUACCAUUCGAGCAGUCGGAAGUUGGAGUCGCACAGGGUCCGCGCGCAGGCGAUGAUCUUGGCGCUGCUGUGCUGUUUCCUAAGCCCCGAGAUCCAUGCCAAUAUGGCCUGGGACGACAUCUGGUCGGAUCAAGUUUGUGCAUGUUGCGACGGCGACCUCGGCCAUGCCACCUGCGCCCACUUCCGGGCGGCUCCGCCCAGGCCACGACCCGGAAGGGACGGCAACCAGGAUUUGGUCGAAAGUAUGGUCAAAUUUGCUAAGCUCGUUCCCGCCUGCGGUGCCAGUGCCGAGGCUUUGCGGCGACUGCUCCAGUUCAUUUCCGCGGCCGUCUAUGCCGGGGCAUCCGUUGGUGCCAGCGACAAUUCGUACAAGCAGAGGCCCCUCCGCGGCCGGAAGAGGCAGCUUAGGACGGAUGAGGAUUACAAACACCACGUCAUGGUGCAGUUGCCUAAGAAGAGAGCGAUCAUGGGCGGCAGCAUGGCGCUUGCUUGUGACUCCGACAUGCGCGACGAGAGCAGGGGCAGGGAUUGGUUGUGCCAGCAGGUCAACGAGUACCUCCACUCUGGAUGGCACCAGUUGGCCAGUCAUGGGCCUCUGCGCCGGCCCAUGUCCUUAGUGGAGGAUGCUGCGAGGCUGGGCAACCCGAAACAGGAGACAGAGGUGUCCAGCAUCUGGAUCCCCGAACUGCAGACUGGCAGGUUCCUUCCUGUACAGGUGCUCCCAGACUUUCGUGGUUCGGACACCAAAGCACGUUCGAAACUCAAGCCCCGUUCUGUGGAUUUGAUCAGGGACAGGAUUCGGGCCUUUCUCGAGAAGAAGAAGGCAGUCGCCAAUGGCCGUGGGACUAUGACGAUAAAGCAAGCACGUUUGGCCAACAAGUAUUCUCUCAUGGCCACCGACAACGCGCUGAGGGGCGGCCUGGGUUGCAGCGGCCUGUCCGAGUUCAAGCCGUCCCACGUUGUCGGCCGACUUGGCCCCGACGAGGAGAGAUACAUGGUGCCGCUCGCGUCCUUGCCAGCCCCGUUGCAGGCUGGCGCCUGCAGCAGGGUCCAGAGAAGCUGCGUGAGGAACUUGACGACAGGCGUUCGGCGUCUGGAAGUUGCGUGGGGAAAGCCUCGUCCGAGCUUGCACUCAGUGAUUGACAUGGGCUCGAUCGGUUUCCCUGCAAAGAUGCACUUGUAUUUCAAUCCGAAGAAGGAUCGCUGCAUCAGAGGUUCUUUGGAGAUGGACCCGGCGCACCGCAGGCACGACAAUCAAUUGUUGGCGAUGGGCUCGGCUGGCUUGACUUUUGCACGAGACGAGGUCUUGCUGACUCAGUGUUUGACCCAUGCCCCAUGGGGAUCCAUGGCCAAUUUUGGAGCUCUUUCUGAAGCCGGCGCGGAGUUCUACGACAAUGGGGAUUCUCAGUCGGAGCUGUUCUGCCACUUCUACCCUGCGAUUGCGUUCCAGUUGCACGACGGCGUCCUUCCGCCGAACUUUAACUCUCCAGAGCAUAAGGAGUGGGUUUGGGACUGCUGCCGAGAGGGCUGGAUGCUCAAGACCGCAGGGGCGCAGGCCAAAGCGGGCAGGUGGUACCAAGUCUUCGAAAAAUCAGCCAGGGGGCUUGCGUGGUGGAAAGUAUUCGAGAUGUUGCUCUGUUACAUCGGCUUGCACCAGGGUUGGCUGAAACAUCAUAGCGAUCACGUCUGCGUCCCCUUAGUUUCUACAGCUGCAGUCUUGGAUGCUGCUGCUUCUGCAGGGGCACCCCGCGGUGUGGACGGCGGAGGUGCGCCUGCCGAGCGUCGGCCGGCAGGAGCGCCAGGUGCCCGGUCUGUAAGCCGAUCCAAUCGGUGCAUUGACAAGCUUCUAGCUCGGUGCAAAAACUACUUCCACGUGGCCUACACCAUAUUCCGCAAUGAUGCUCUUCGGGCUCUCUGGAUACUGAUGGGCGCAGUCACCGAACCCCAGAAGAAAGCACACGGCCAGACUCUUGUGCAGUGCGAAACUAGGCAGGGGGGGAGCUUGUGGCUGCAGGACUACGCGGCCGAGGAAUACAUCCACGAGAUCACUGAUAUCGUUCAGGCUGCCAACGACCGCGAGAUCUUGCAUCGCGCGCAGGUGUUGUCCGCGGACCCUCGGUGCGACGAGUUCCUCUUGCCGGCGGAGGUUGCUCAAGCUGUGUGUGAUCACGUCUGGCAGUACGGUCUGUCCCUGGCUGGUCACGAGUUGGUAUGGCUGCGAAGGUAUUCCCACGAAAUGCCUGGCAUGUUUGCUCUGCUGGUCCAGGAUCCGAGUCGACGAGGAACAUUGCGCUCCCUCGUUUGCAGCAGGCUCUCACGUGUCUCACUGCGGCCGAGAAGGCAGCUGUACACAAUUCGCACGUGGAGGUUGCUCUGGGCCUUCUACCUUGGUCUCGGAGUACGUGGGUUCGCGAAAUUCUCGUCGGCCUGGCAGAGGCUGAAUUCAAGGACGUGCCCCUUGACAUUCUACAGGAACUCAACGAUUGGUUGGAGGGGAACCGCUGCAGCGUUUUAGCGGAGAGGUGCUUCAACUAUCUGAUGAUCUACGCGACCGAUGUAGGCAUGUUAAGAGCGGCAAAAUUGGAGCCAGGAAGAGGUUUCACGCUUUGGCGACGAGCACUUUGCUAGAAGAUACGGACAGACCGGACAAGUACAUGCCUCCGCCAGCCGAGCGGUAUGCAACAGUCGACAAAGAUGACGCUGAUUUGUACACCGCCAAGAACAAUGUCGAUUUCUCUUUGGGUGAGUCGUACUUGGAGGAUUUCAUGAAUGAGAGUUUUUCGAUGUCGACCUUGAAAUUUUCAGCGGACUUGGCUUCCAACAUGGUAUGGGAAUCUGUGCAGCAAUGCCAGGACGAUUGGGCCAAACUCGACAUGGCGUCUACCAUGUCUUUACUGCCGCGGAAAUUUCACGUCUUGCACCGGAAGCCCCCCGACUCUUGCUCCAUGCUCGUCCUGCGCACCCAAGAAUACGCCGUGCUCGGCUUGGAGCUGCGCUUUGCGAAGCGAGGGGAUCUCUGGGAGGCUGUUUUCGCCAAGAAGAACGGCAAUGUUUGCCCACUUGUGCGUGCCAUUUUCGAUGAGGCUUGGUUGGUUCGGCCGAUUCGUGUGCUGCCGCCCUCGGACCCUAGCCCGCAGGGGCCCUCCUUCCAUGCCUUUCGGAUGAUGCUGGAUCCGAAGGAGAACGCCACGCCCUUGCUUCAGGCCGCUGCCAAGGAUGCCUUCAGAGGUAUGAACAACGAGCACAUGGUCGACCUGAUCCGGAAAAUGAAAGUUCCUUAUGAGGGUCGAAGGCCGACUCUGGAGAUUGAUCUUGUGAGGUUGCUGAUAUCGUGGCGGUUUCCCGCCAUGGAGGAACGCGAGAUGGCGGAUAUCGUCAAGAAGCGGACGACGAAAGCCACGCCAGUCUUCACGACUGCCAUGACACCCGAGAACUGCAAGGUUGUAGGCGAGGAGGGUAGUGACAUGAUGCAGGACAGGGAAGGUCAGACGAUGAAGGAGCGCGCCGCCAAGUAUGUUAACCGCAUUCUUGGAGAAGCGCAGGGUCUUGCACCUGCCGGCGCAUCGCCUGUCGGCGGUUCGUCGGCAAGCUCGUCGGCUGGGGGUGGGGGGGCAGGGGUUCCUCCAGGUGCCCUUCCUCUUCCGUUUCCAGCAGGGGCCCCGCCUCCCCCGUCGUGGCGUGAUUUGCCGUCUUUGCCUGACGGUGCACUGACUCAAGAACAGGCCAAGGCGUACCUCCCUAGGGCCAAGGGGUGCACCAUUGCAGUCAACAAGGCCACGAGCUGGGAGGUUAAAUAUCCUCGCGAGUCCUUCCCCAGAUCACAUAGUUCGGCGUUUGUCCCUGGGGACUUGGCGAGCUCCGCUGAAUCUUUGCGAGUUUGUCUUCUGUGGGCGUGGAGGUGCCAUAAAGAGAAGCACCCCGCAGAUGUGUGCCCUUGGAAUCUAGGUGCGCUGGUGUAGGGGAUGUCCAUUUCUCUCCCAUGUGCGGGGCAGCACUGCGGGAGCAGCAAGCGCGAAGCACAAUUGGCCUCA